CAAACACGUCAAACCAAUGCUCCACAUUUUCUCUCCAAAACCCAUAAUGAAAGCAGCAUGUAUAAUCUUGACGAUUAUAAUCUUAGUGGCCAUCAUGGCGGUGUGCGUGAUGGUGAAGUUUGCCACGGACAUCACUGUGGAAGAGAGGAAGCGAGACUUGAUGCCCGGCGCGGGUGUCUACCAGGUCGCCAAGUCCAUUGCCGUGCUUGCCUUGAGCGACAACUAUAGCCUACCCAUCGCUGAGAGAUUUCCCUACGUGGCAGCAAUAGCAAGGAACUCCUCAAACUCCUGGUCAUUUUCCUGUUUCGCUAGCGUCAUUUUGGUCAAAUGGGUGGUAACCUCCGCCCAUUGUAGAAGAAAAGACGCAACCCACAGAGUUCUACUCUUGAAUGAUUUCGCACGAAACAUAAGCAGAACUCUUCCUAUCCUAUACUGGAGGAUCCACGAAAAAUUCAAUAUUAACAACACCGUCCCUUUACAUGAUAUUGCUGUUGCCAAAUUCAGUAUGGAUGAUAACAUUGGUAACCCUUUAACGAUCAAACCCUCAACGUUUGAUGAUAAGCGAGUUGAACAAUUAGAAGUUAGUAUUUGGAAGACAGUGUCGACUAUGGAUAGAAAAAUUUACCUUAUCAAUGAUUUUGAUAAAUUCGAUGUAAAAAUUGCUUCACCAAGCAAUUGCUAUGAGAGUUACGGUAUACAAGUUAAUGUUAGUAUGAUUUGUAUAGAUUUAUCCGAUUAUGAAGAUUGUUUCGUACACGAAUUUGGACCUUUAUACAAUAAGGAUAAGGUCGUUGGUAUUUUGACAGCGAAACCAAAGGACUGUGAGAUGAAAUUCGCUGUAUUUACGAAUGUGUCUUAUUACGCUGCUUGGAUUUUGAAGUCGACUCACGCGACUACUAUUUGAGAUUUAUAAUGGGUUAGAAGAUGUCUUCUGGCACCGUCCAUUUAAAAACCGGCCAAGUGCGAGUCGGGCCUCGCUCUUAUA